CAGGAUUUUAACAGUCUCUGUUAUUGCUGUUGGCAUGUUAAGCCGGUUAAGCCGCUCGAUAACGAAUACAUCGGUAAAAGUUUGAGAGUCACUACUACCAUAGUGGGUUACGGUUUGAGUGGCACUAUUACCAUAUCGUUGAACGGUUUCGAGCGAUGACACAAAAACUGUUGAGUGGUUAAUCGCUUUGGUAGCCAUUUCUGUUAACAGUUAACAGCAAGGCUUGUCGAUAAAAUUGAUAGAUUGUGACUCGAUGCAUCUCUUUAAAAGUUGUGUGCAUUAGAUGAAGAGCUGAGAAAUUUACUGUUAAAAUAUAAAAUGGCGGAGGCAGAGGACUUUAAACUAUUUCGCAGUGUGAAUCCGGCCACAGUCAAUGUGUCCAUAAAAGAGAAAUUUGCCAAACUAACAUUAUCCUCGAAUAAGAAAAAACAACAAAAGCAAGCCAAUUCAAAAGCAACGGAGCUGGCAUCCGAGGCAACUGCGCACAGCAACGAGCUUACACCAAAAUCCUUGCAUAGCCGUCCCGAGGAAUUGCAGCUGGAUGUCUCUGAUUAUAUGGAGGUGCUGCAGCUAAGUGCCGAUGGCUGCACACAGUCACAAGACUUGGAAGUUGAAGUCCUGGAACUAUCGCAACGCGUAUCCAACUUGACAGUGCAGUCCAAGCAGCUUGUGCUCAACGAGGUAUCCAUAUGCAUUUCCUCCAGCAGCAACGAAGAAGAAGAGCCAUUCGAAAGCGAAGAGUCCUGCAUAACUAUAUCGGAUACAUCUGCCAGUGAGAAUGAAGCCGUAAACAAAUCGGAGCAGAGCAUUGCUAUAAGCGAGCAAGUGCUGGAGCCGCCUCCGUUGCUAAACAGCGACAAGUUGGCGCGCAUUGAAGCGUUUCUACGUGAUGUGUCCCUUGAACGCCAUCAGGUGCUUGAACGCGAUCAGCUCAUGGUCAACUCCUCAAGCGAGGUACAGAUAUCGACGCUUUUGGCUAAUGCCGAAACAGAAUCCAUGACUCCGAUUGAUGAGUGCCUUGCCGGACAGGAGACUAUACUGGACACCAUAUGCUCGGAGGAGUUACUGCCUCAAACUCCUGAGCGUGAUCCCCACAAACGUUUGGCAGAUAAAGAGACUGAAGUGAACACCAUUUGCAGCGAGGCAGAGCGUGAUCCUGAUCCCAGCAAGCGUUUGGCUGAUGAUGAGACUGAAGUGAACACCAUCUGCAGUGAGCCAGAGCUAUAUAGUGAUCCUAGCAAGCGUUUAGCGGACAAUGAAACAGAGCAAAACACGCUCUGCUCCAGCUUAAGCGAUACUGUGCCAGAUGAGUCCCUUACCAUACCAGAGACCUGCGAUGAAGCGGAGGUGACGCCGCCCAGAGCACAAUCUGCAGCCUCAUGCCUCUCUUCCUCAAUGGAAAGUGUUGGACUGGCAGCCACGCCUACCAUACAAGUGAGCAGCAUUAAUAUCUCCGCCAAGAUAAAUAUAAAGAUACACAUUCCGCAUAUGGACUCCAGCUCAAACCAGAGCUCCGAGGAGCAACAACUUACUCCAGAACCAACAACAGAAUAUAAAGACAAAUCAUGUCAGCAGCAGCAGCAGCAGCAAAAGGAAUCAGUGGAGCAGAAGCAAGAAUGCAGCGACGACGCUGGCUCCGAGGAUGAGGAAUUUCUUCAGAAUGCGGAGCAGCUAUUGAAUCAGUUGUAUGGUAAAGCUUGGCAGACUCCAGACGUUAUCCGCACCUUGAAGCGCUCAAGUGGCAGCGGUGGCAAGCAGCCCAGCUCGACCCGCUCCAAGCGCACGCCCCUCAAUGAGGUCAGACGCCAGCCCAAGGCGUUGACCACAGUUAAAAAGAAACAUGCGCCCACGGAUGAGAGUGGUCUCGGUGACUUUAGCCUUUUCAAACGUGCCUUGCAUGCCAACAAAAUGAACUCGACGCAGUUGCCACAAAGACAACCAGAUCGACGCAAGAGGCACGUGCAUGAGGAAAUCUGGCGUGCGCUCGUCGACUCAGAUAGUAGCUCGGUGGCCGCCUCGGAUGAUGAAGAUGCCAAUGCCACGGACUGUAGUGAGAGUGGCGAGGACGACAACGAGGCAAAUCCCAAUGAGCUAACCUACUUGGAUUUAACGCAGGCGGAGGUGCAAGUGGUCGACAAGCCGCAGCAGCCAGCAGCAAAGGAAAACACAUCUCCAAAAUUUCCCAGUCGCUUGGAUGACAUUUUGCGCACUUGUCGCGCCAGUGCCAAAGCGAAGCUACCCGCCACACCCACACCCAGCACACCGACAACUCCCACGCAAAAGGCACUUCGUCGUCAGCUGUUUACGCCCAACACUGGCUAUGAGGAUGAGACGACAGCAAGGCGUAUUGUGGAACAAGCCGUAGACUGUGAUGCGCUUGAGGAACUAGAGAAUAUUUACACACCCGGAUCGGCAGUGCAUCGACGUUUGCAGCAAGUGAAACAACAACUGGGACUGACUCCAGAAUCGCCCAAAAGCAAGCCCGUGUUCAAGUUCCCGCCACCGCAAACUGCGCCGCCGGGCAAGGCAGUCUCACGCACUAAGCAGCCACGGCGCCCACUCAACACACCACAGUCAGUUAACCGCAAGGGUAAAUGCAGCUUCAUCAAAUCGCUGGAGCCGCAGGUGCCGCGCGAGCAAUGCGACAUGGAAGCCUAUUACUUUAGGGAACAUUUCAAAACCAAGAGGACUGAACUGGCGCAACAUUUGUAUGACUUAUACAAUGAGAAAGUAUUCGAUGGCUGCCUCAAUGCGGGCAUCGAGUGGUCCAAGAAGCUUCGCAACACAGCCGGCAGAUGUCAUAACCAUAGAAGACCUACUCGUCAUUGUAAACUAGAGCUGAGCGAAAAGGUCCUAACCAGCGCCGAUCGUCUGCGCUGCACGCUAAUACACGAGAUGUGCCAUGCCGCCGCUUGGAUAGUACAAGGAGCCAGUGGACAUGGACAGGUUUGGAAGCAAUGGACGCGACGCGCAGAAGCAGCAUUUCCGGAUCUGCCGCCAAUUCGAACUUGCCACUCCUAUGACAUUGAGUACAAAUACACUUACAAAUGCCUGAAGUGUGAAACAACUUCGCAGGCUCACAGCAAUUCGCGUAAGGUGGAGAAUUUGCGUUGCAGCUUAUGUGCUGGUUCGAUUGCCGUGUUCUUAAACAAAAAGGAUAAACAAGGAAAUGUUGUGCACACGCCCUUGCGUGAGGCAACGGGCUUCGCCAAGUUUGUUAAGGAUAACUAUCAGCGCUUUAAGCAAACCGGCACACCGGCGCCGAAAAUAAUGAGCGCCUUGAGUGCUGAAUACGCUAGACAAAAGGCCGCUGGCUUGUUAAAUAACGUUAAUGUAGAUAUUGUAGAUCAAGUUGAGGCAUUAACUAUUAAUUAGUCUCUUAAUUAACUAUUAAUAGUUAAAGACAAACCUUUUAUACUAACAUGAAAUGUUUCAACCUACUAACAGAUAUACGGCUAUACUAGUAUACACAUAAGCAAGUAGACUUUGUACUUUUCCUGUUACUUUGAAUAAA